UGCGUUUGUUUGUGUGUCGGCGAGUCCCGGCGGCGUAACCGGAGAAGGGCCUCACAGAGAGGGGAAUGCAGGACUGCAAUGGAGCACAAUGCAAUACAGUGGUUGGGUGCUCCCUCCUGCCAGCGAGGCAGUUACGCCUUCUACAAGUCGGUUAGCAACCGAGCUGAGCCCGACGGGCCCGUCCAGGUGUGGAAACUCGGCGAGUUUUACUUCAUCCGCUGUGGACCGCAGGAUCCUGUGUGCAUCGCCGAGGUGACCUUACUGUGGGAGGACCAGACCCGGCGCCACCUGCUGGCCAGUGCCAGACUCUACUUCCUGCCUGAGGACACACCGAAGGGCCGGACCAGGGAGCACGGAGAGGAUGAAGUUCUGGCGGUGUCCAGGAAGAUGGUGGUGCGGGUGGAGGACCUGGUGCGAUGGUCGUGUGCGCAGCCGGCAGGUUGGAGCAGCAGCCUGAAGGCGUUGGCGUGCGGGACCAACGGCCUCCACAAACCUCCGCAGAGCGGCGACGGCAGCAACGGCACGACGGACAAAAGCAGCGAGCCGCUCAAAGACAAAACUGAGAACGGCCCGGCGGAGCAUCACGCUGUCAAAGUCAUCAGCUACCCGCAGUACUGCCGCUUCCGCUCGCUGCAGCAGCGCAUCCAGGACGGAGCAAGGGGGUCUGCCCUGCAGGACCCCCACCUGCUGGCGCUGGGAGGCAUCAAGGUGACGCCCAACACCCGAGUCAUGUACUGCAGGGACACCUUCAACCACCCGACGCUGGAGAGCAGCUCCGGCUUCUCCUGGCAGUUCAGAUGUCCUUCUCUCAGUCUGCGAGGACGACCUCGUAAGAGGAGAGGCCGCGACAGCAAAGACUCGCCAAACUCCAGCCAGUCGGAGUCGUGGAUCGAGAGGAUGAAGGAGAACGUGAUGGGCAGCGUAGAGGUUGGCUGUGACAGCGGCUGGCUCCCUCACCCCGAGGAGCAGCUGUUCCUCGAUCAGCUGUUCGCCUUCAUGGACCGCCACGGAUCGCCGAUCCACAAAGUCCCGAACCUGGGCUUCAAGAAGAUCGACCUCUUCCUCAUGUACUCUGUGGUCAAACGGCUCGGGGGCUACAAAAAGGUGACGACAGACCGUCUGUGGAAAGUGGUUUACAACGAGCUGGGCGGAUGCCCCGGCAGCACCAGCGCUGCGACCUGCACCAGGAGACACUACGAGAGGCUGAUGCUUCCUUAUGAAGAACACCUCAGAGCGGGAGGAGCAGAGUUUAAAGUCCCAGAAUCCCCGGUGGUGCCGAAGCCCAGAGGCAUCAGAGGCAGGAGGCCGCAUCCCAGAGGCAAAAAGCCGGGACCCAGACCCCGGGAGAGGAAGGUGACCACACCACCUGCUGCUGCUGCUUCUCCCAACAUACGUGAUGACGUCGCAAACCCGAACGGCACCAUGGUGGCAAAGAGAGGUAGAGGCCGGCCGCCGGGCACACGAAACAAGGCCACGGUGCUCGCUCAGGCAAAGCUGCUGGCACUGCAGCAGGCGAAGGUCAAAGGCAGCGCGGUGGAGACGACGCAGCAACAGCUUCCAGCCGUGGGCCGCGGAGGAACUACCGCCAGCGGCGUGCACAGGCCGGCCAUCCUGCCCAUCACCAUGCCCCUCACCCCGGACCUCGCCCCCCUCGCCGGCCCCUUCAUCUCUUUCCAGCCCAAACCGAAGGAGGUGAAGACGGAGCGAGGGGAGUCUGUGGUUCCCGCCACGGGCGUGCUCCUCUCCGCGCUGCCGCGCCACUUCAUCGGAGGCUCUCUGAGCGGCUUCAGCCCCAUCAAAGGCUUGUGUCCUUCGGACGUGUUCAGGAGCCGGCUGGGCCUGCAGAGGGGCCCCGAGAGCCCUGCCCUGACGCCCCAGGACCCGAGCCAGCACCAUCCAACCAUCUACACCCCCCAGCCGAAGAGUGGGAGCCCAGACACCCCUCACCCGAUCGGGGAGCAGCCACAGCCCCACCCCCUCCAGCAGCACCACACCCAUUGCUCAGGGUGUAACAUGGACGAGGGGGGGCCGAGAGGAGGCGGGCGAGAGGCUAGAACCCGGCCCCCCAUGCCCCCCCUCCGAGUCCUUCCCGUGAACCUUGACUGCAGCGUUCAGGUGUGUCAGCUGAUGAGGACUCGUUGCUUGGGCCCGUCUCAGCUGCAGAUGUUCACGCGGUGCCUGUCCGAGGCGCUCUCCCAGGACCUGAAUGCCAAGCCCACCCCUCCCCCCGAGCAGGCGCUGCCCCUCAACCUCAGCAAACGGUUCACGCCGAAGAGACCCGCCGCGGAAGGGCCGGAGCCGAGCCGGGCCGUCGUCAAUGGGAAUGCCGAUCAGCUGCCGGCCAAGAGAGCGAGGACCGGCUUCACAGAGCCAGCUGAGGAAACACACUCCAGCUCCGCAGGAAGUGCAGCAGGAGGAGCGGCGGUGGUGGGAGGAGGAGGGCAGGUAGAGGUGGAGAUGAAGAACCAGGACGAACCCGCAGAUCUGAGCUCGCCCAGCAGGAUCAGGGCCUUCCUGCUCGGCCUGCCGCCCUUCAAAGUCAAACUGGAGGAGGAUCUGAAUGGCGUGCGGUUUGGGAAGUUCGUCCCUAAAGUCGAGAGCGGAGAGGCACCGCUAAAAGAUGUGAAGAAGGAGGACGAGGAGGAGGUGGCGGUAGAAAAGAUGGCGAUGGAAGGGAGAGACCGCGGAGACUGCUCCAGCCAUGGCGCCGCCAAUGCUGACACGCAGUGUUUUUAACCCCCUCCGCUCUGAUUUGUUGGAAGAUGCCCUAUCACGUCAGCGCCUGAACCCACGGGAGCGCGGAGCUUUCGUUUCUCCAUCUUCACCAACUUUUCCUCUUUGCGUUUUAGUUUUUUUUCCACUCACGUCGUCGGUCGAACUCUGCGGAGGAACGACGGCUCAUGACAAUCACGCAUCUCACCGGAGACGAGACACGGACUCCGACACACACUGCCAUAACCUCCAUAACACUACGAUUAACUCCACCGUCAGAGAUCCACAAAGUUAGAAUCAGUAUCUAUCUAUGGGUGAUGCUAUGCAUCGGGACUUCAUUAACUAGCAUUAAGAGUGUACUGUAGUUUGUAGCUUUUAAAUUGUACUCUACGUCUGUAGAGACAGAGUUAUUUUCUGAUAAGGUGUUUAGAUGUUACGUGAGCAAAAGAAAAAAGAAGCAGCUCCUCUCAGUCUUCACGUUAUAGCUCGUUAAGUGAAGCGUUUAUAGUCCUGUUCGUUAGCUCUAAUGAUGUAAACUUUUACACACACGUGCCUUAAAUCGGCCUGCGAGCUGCUUCGUCGCCGGCUUCAAACACAUUCUAAAGAGAUACCUUGAUGUUGGACCUGCUCAGCUUCCCUCAGCUCUCUUGUAGGGCUGCUUCCAGGCCUGAGAAAAAAUUGGCGUUUUAAUGUUUCUCAGAGUUCGUUAAGCUCGUAACGAUUGUGCGGACCCUCCUCCUCCACCUCAUUGGUUUCCUUAUAAAACCCUCAGCAUCACUACCAGCCUUCACAUUAGAGCUCGUACCAAACUCGUAGCCCAAGCAUUCAGACUACCUCAGGUUCUUUUAUAGUUUCUCGCCUGCUUCAUAUGUUCAAGGGGAGUAUCCCAGCAUGCAUUAGGGUAGGAGGCCAGUCCAUAAAUGCACAUAGAUGGAUGCCAAGCAUGUGGUGUUAAACCGAGGCUCAUCAGACAUCAUUAAAACACGUCUUCUCCCCAACUCCUACAAACUGGAUUUGUUAGGAACUACUUUUAGUGGCGGAUUGAUCCGUAUAUAGGGGUGUUUAGGGCAGCGUGAUAUUGACACCUGCACUUUCUGAAACAUUGACUGAGGUGAGAUCAGAAAGUUCCAGCACAGCUGCUCGGGAGACAGGCUUCGGCUGACCUCCAGCGUCCUGCAUUGAUUUUUCAGCUUUUUUUCAAUUUCUCAAAGUGGACAAACUCAGACGGAGGGAUCUGAGGGAGGGGUUCAGGAGGUGAGCAAAGAUUAUGAAUCACCUGGCGCAGGUGAGGGAUAAAUUCACGGUUUACAACUUGAUGAAUGUGGAGAACAUGACAGACCUCACCUGCUGAGCCUCUCAGGAACUCUGGAGUCUUCGUCUGGUUCGUAGAGCGAACGCUCGCCAUCCGUGAUGGACCUCUCAGAGAAGAGGAUCUUUAAUGUGAAAUCAGACGAAUUCAAACCAGGUUUCCGGUCCUUUGACGGGCCAAUAUCUGGGACUUUCUGAUCACCUUAUCGCGGUUUCCUGUGGCUUCACGAGCUCUCGAGUCGUCUCCAUCCAGACCUCAUUACAUCUCGUUUUGAGAGCGGCUCUGUCCUUUGCAGGAGCGGUGAGACUAUUCUGCACCGCUCUCCGAUACCACAGUCGUGGACUUUUAAGUGUCGGACCUGUUAGUUUGGUUUCUGUUUGAUUCAGUCGUGUUUAGGAAAAAGCUCCACCAAAGACUGUGAAACGGAUCCUUCAUCACUUCAUCAUCAUUAUCCUGUCAUUUAAAGUGCGUACAUAAAACCCAACCCCCUAAAACCCAACAAACAUCAAGGUAUCCCUUUAAGUCGCCUUUUCCUGUUUGUUUUCUGCCACAGACGUUGGUUCAGAUUUGCACACCUACUGUACACACUCGCUUUUCCUCGUUUCUUUUCUUCCUACCCGAGUAGUCGAAUCAACUACGACACCGAAAUUAAGUGGUGCUGUUUGCUUAGUUUUGUUGCCAUAUUAUUGUUGUUAUUAUUGUUAUUGUUGUUGUUCUUUUCAUCGCCAUCACGCGUAUAGAGGAAAAGUUCCUCGUAGCCGACCUAAUUUUCCUGAGAAUUUUAAGAAAGUAUAUUUUAAUUAAAAGAAACCGUGGCUUGUUUAUGAAAAUAUGUGCAGGAUUUUUUCCUCCUGAUUUAUUCGACUGUUGGCUUCAUGUGAGGCAAAUCGUUUGUGAAUGAGUACGUGAGUAGAGAUGUAUACACUCAGUCGGUCGUAGCUGGGCAGACGCACCAAAGUACUCGACCGGGACUUUUCCGUAACCUCUGUCGGAGUUUUAGGACUUCAGGAUUUUCUUCUUCACUCGUGGGGAAAAUGAGCAGUAACCAGGAGACGAUGGUGAAUACCGGUAAAUACAAAGUCAUAUUCCCCUUCAUGCAGUAACAACAGUGAGAACAGGGUAACUACUGUACAUAAUGGCUCUGCUUCUUCCUGUCAGUACACCUUUAUUUAUUGUAGGUGAGGCGCUUCAGAGGGAACGAGUUCAUACAACCUCCAAACGUUUCCAAAAAACGCAUGUACUCUCAGUUUUAUCGUCCUGCAGACGCAGUGUGUCUUUUCAGGCUUUACACUCGAUUUUACACAAGAAAUGUGACAGAAGUGGUUGUGUGAAAGUUUUCCACCUGCACCUUUAGCUUUUGGCGAGCUGUACCGCUUACUUUAACGCACAACUUAGGACUUUAUCAAAGGGGGACCGAUUCUGCUCAUUUCCAGCUCUUUAUUUUUAUUCUUCAACUCUACCAGAGCAGCUUUGCAUGACUCAUAGCUCAAAAUAAUCCUUAUUUUUAUUAAACUGGGCUUUAACUUUAUCUUAUGUCUAAAACAAGCUGUUUUAGCUCCAGUGUCUUUAAGGAAACCCUCCCAAAAAGCCUGCUUUCCUCUGAUUGUCCAACUUCUGUAAGCCUCCUGAGGGGCAGCAGCCAGUAAAGCCUACAGUAGAGUGGCAUGUAUGCAGAUGACUUGACUGUUUACCCCUUAAAAGCACCCCAGGAGUAACCCAUGAAGAUGAGGUCACAUUUCAAAACUAACAAAAUGACUGGGUUUGCAUCAAAUGUUAGCGAGGGUGGUCUUUGCAUGUUCAGAUAUUCUUGGAAGAACCCGGAAGCUAUUUCAAUGAUUUUCAAUCCACGUCUUUAUCGAUUAAUACUGAGGUGCUAAAACUUGUCACUAAGGGUACCUUCGCUGCCAAAAAGCAGGUGUUUUAAGCGCAGUUACCUUCACAAAACUUUCUUCUUCUUCACAAAAUCGCUUUACCCGCCAUUAUGUCAUCCUGACCUUUGAAUCAACGCGUCUUCCUCUGUCGUAGGACCUCGUUCACUUUGAUUCACCUCAGCUUCUCACUGGGCGCCUCCCAGUCAAACCAUAACUCCACUGGACCAGUUUUCUCUUUAAUCUCUUAAAUCUGUUUUUAUUUUUAGCUGCAUUUAUUGUUGACGAGGGGAGGUCUUCUAGUUUAGAGCUGGAGAAUCAGGUGAAACCAGUGUGAGACUAGGUUUUUUCCUGGUUAUUUAAACUGAGUUUUUUAAAGUUUCUUUAGGUAUAAUUUCAGUCUUUUUUUCUUUUCCCAUUUGAUCUUAAAUUUUCCAAUGUUUACAUUUUGUUAUGCAUGUUCAGCAGAUCUUAUAUCCAGUGUUUUGCACACUACUCCAGCAUCAAGACUCAAACGGCACUGCUCAUUUCUGUAAAGUUCUUCAAAUUUAAGUGCCUGAUACUUUGGAUUGGAGUUGAUACUUGCAGGCGAAUGAGCUCAUUAGCCUUCACCACAUUGACUUGAACAACGGCUCCUGCAGUCGGAUGGCGUUUCUUUGACCUGUUGGGUGAAAUGAGGUAAAGCCGCGGUGUUGGAGGCAGGACGCUCGCUCAGCUCCGUCUGUUGGAGCAAACUGGACCUAACGAGGACACCGAGUAGCUGGAUGGACAUUCAUGAAGAAAAAUGAUCAAAUCUUUUUUAAAAGGUGCUGCACGCCACAUUUUAACAUCUGAAGUUGCUGCAUCAAUGUGACUGUUAAAAAGAGAGAAACCUUUCCUCUGGCUUCUAUAUCAGUGUCAAAAAAUUAGCUACAUGUCAGAUGCUCCUAAAGACGACUAUUUUAAUCAAUUCUGUAUUUUUGAAUAAACUAUUGAAUGUUUGGCCGAAUAAAAUGCCAAGUGUUUCAAAAAAAUAUUAGAAAUUUUUUAAACUGAGUUAGAAUUCAGCAGAUUUAAAAAACUGGGACGUUGUUGUUUCUACUUAUGUGAUUUUCUUUAUUUCCUGCUGCACAUCUCCUGCUCCAGGAGAAGAUCAAAGUUUCAAAUGUUGGACUCGGUCUACGUUCAAGUCCUCCUGGCUCUGUAUGACAUCACAGAGAGGGGAUUUCCCUUGUAUGGUCCUCUUUGGCAGAGAAAUUAAAUGUUUCCAGGUGUUAAAAAUGCUGCUUGUGGCACCUUUAAAAACUCUUGGAUGUUACACACUGACGAAUGUCUCACUCACAUCUGCCUGUGAUCUCAUUUUUAAAUUACCUGACACGUUUUUUUUUGUUUUUUUUUUCAUGAUUUUUGUCCCAUUUUGAUUUGUUUUUGUUUGUUUUUCCCAUGGAAACGAACCCUGGAUCAGCAGAAGCAUCUCGUGUUCUUUUCUCUACAAACUGAGUUGAACUUUUGGUCUCAGUCGACCGAAGAGAACGAACGCUUCCCCGAGAUGUUUGAUUCUAACAGCAGGAGUUUGUUUUUAAAGCCUCUCGAUUGAUUAUGUUAAACAGAACUUCCUUUUUGUUUUUGUUUCUGUAAACAGCUAGCAGUGUCAGGUACCAUUCCAUUUUAACACUGUAUAUUUAUAAUAAAAGUAAUCUGUUAAUAAUUCCUUUGUAAUGUUUCCUCCAGUAUUCACGAUGUUCCUUCACAUGAGGAUGGUGUUCAGACGGGAAAGUCUUGAUGUCACGAAAAUUUGUAUGAGAUGAUAUUCAAAAUAUUUGAGUGAGAAUUUGAAAAGAAAACAAGAAUUUUUUAUAGAAUUUUUAUGGCAGUAAAGUAGAUAUUUCAGAAUAAACUGUCUUUAUAGUGUUUUACAGGCAAAUUAAAAAGAAUGUAUGUAAAAGAUUGUCACAGUGGACGUUAACAUUUCAGCCACUGCUGUGUCGGUUUUAUGGAGCCAGAAGUGACCAUAUUUGGAAGAGAGGGUGGAGUCUUGUGUUAACAGCUAAUGCUAGCUGACUUUUUACACCAAACACACCAAACUAAGGUUUCGGUCACAGAGGCAUAGAGACGGUCAGUUACCAUCUGAUAGCCGCAGCUUCACGGUAUUUGCCCCGAAAGCCUUGUGAUUGCUUUGGUUGCUAGAAGAUUGGCCGUAGUUUGCAUGAAACAGGGAGAUUUCUUUGAAAACACUACCUGGUGAGCUGUGGAGAAAGUCGAACAAAAGUCAAUGCAAACCAGAACCGGAGACCUUUCACCUUCAAAGUAAAAGUUCUUUUACUGCUGCAAACAGUUUCAAAAGUAAGCUUCCAUAGCAGCCAGCGUUUCACCCAUGAGAGAAGACGAUGUUAUUAAUUAGAAAUAUAUGAAGUUGGAAUUAUUAUUAUUAUUAUUAUUGUGUCCUGCUUGUAAAGCUUCCAGGCUGCCUUUCCUCAUAGUAGCCAUCCCUCAAGACUUUCUCCAUUUGAAGCAACGCAGUAUCAGGGAUUGUAACAUCUAGUCCUUUCAUUAAAUCAGAAUUUUUAUUUUUUUAUUUUUUUUAAUCAAGCUUUCAAAAUACUUUGAGUUACAAGUUGUGUGGGUUAUUUUUAGAACAAAGUUUUCCUCUUAAAUGACGCUGGAAGUUGGAUUUGAAGAAUUUUGGAAAUUGUCUUUUAUGAAAACACAAAAUGUGAAUAAAGUAACAAAAGAGAACUUCUAUAAAAGUAGUAAUGUUACAGACAGCCGUUGUCCUGUCCUCCUCAGCAGUACAAAUAUUAAGUCAUUUUUUUUCCAUAAGCAAAAUAAGAAUUAACUGUUUAAAAUAAUCUUUUGAUUGUGACAUUAUUCUUAUUUUAUAUUAGGUGUAAACUUGAUUAUAAAAAGGUGUACGAUAUUUGCAGAUAAGCAAAUAUUUCCCCGUGUAUACUGUUAGCGUGAACCACUCUCAGCCAGGGGUUAGCAUUUACAGAUGGUUGCUAACUGGUCUCUAAAUCUGUAACUCUGGACAUUUUUUUGUCUGUUUGUUUUUUGUUUUGUU